UUGCCCAAAGAGUUCAGGUCUAAAAUCAACAGAGUGGGGGCUCAGAAGGGAAUUCCUCCAGCUCUGAUUGCUGCCAUCAUCUCCAGAGAGUCUCGGGCUGGAAACACAAUAAAGAACACUGGAGGCAGGGGGGACUAUGACGAGAGCCGACGAGCGUACAACGCCUUCGGACUGAUGCAGGUGGAUGUGAAUCCAAACGGAGGUGGGUACAGUCCAGAGGGCGCUUGGGACAGCGAGGAACACCUCAGACAAGCCACGGGCAUCUUGGUUCAUUUCAUGGAACAGAUCAAAAAGAAAAUUUCUAAUUGGAGCCCGGAGCAGAAGCUGAAAGGUGGGAUUGCAGCCUACAACAUGGGCGAUGGAAACGUCCAUUCUUAUGAAAACGUCGAUGGCCACACAACCGGUAGAGACUACUCCAAUGAUGUUGUUGCCAGAGCCCAGUGGUACAGGAACCAUGGUGGCUUUUAACUGUUGAAGCCCACUCUGACAACAUUUCCUGCAAGUCAUUAAGUAAAAGUCUAAAACGUUGUUUGUGUGAAAUCCUGAGGUAAAUAAACAUGAUACAAAAAACAAAA